AUGAAGCGGCUCUUUCAGUUGCUCUUCCUGCUGCUUCUGCUUGCCUGGUACAAGCUUUACAGUGACUUCCGUUUGGAGCCCGAACCGAAAGCAGCUCUGAGAGCGACGAGCUAUGGGCACCCUCCCUGGUUGAGAGAGUGCAGAAAGAUCUACCUGGACAUAGGGAGCAAUAUCGGCGUCCAAGUCCGGAAGUUCUUCGAGCCCGAGCGCUACCCCGGCGCAGAAGUCCUUCCCCUCUUCGAUCGGAGCUUUGGCCCUGCGGCCAGGCGUAAGGAGCCCUCGGCGCAGACAGGGCUCUGCGCCCUUGGCAUGGAACCACAUCCUGCGCUCCAGGGAAGACUGCAGGAGAUCGCCCAGGCCUAUCAGAGCCGUGGCUGGCAUGUGCACUUCUACCCUUUCGCUGCUCACACACGGGUCGGCGCCCUCCUCUUCCAGCAGCAGGACGGCGUCGGCCGCGGCACGGCCUCGCGCAUCGCCGGCUACGGCCCAAGGAGCUGGUGGCCCUUCGCCUGGGAAGAUCCGUCGCAGCAGGUGACGGUCCAGACCAUCGAUCUGGCAGACUUCAUCAGUUCGCUUAGACCGGCGUCUGUGGUGCUCAUGAAGCUGGACAUCGAGGGAGCAGAGUUUGAUGUGGUGCCCCGCUUAGCUGAGCGAGGCCUUCUCUGCAAAUCCUCCAUUCCAGAGGCCUUCAUCGAAGUGCACGAGAGCUCGAAGUUUUCCUCGAUCGCUGCAGGGGAGCGCUUCAUUGAGCAGCAGUUGGAUUUGGCACGGAACUCUGAAGGUCCCUGUGAAAAAACCGUCCUGAACGUGCUGGACGAUGAGAGCUUCGCAAAGGAUGUGGACCACGACUUUGCUGGAAGAACGAAGCCGGCUCUAAGGCUCUCUCCAGAAGAUGGGCACUCCUACAUGUUCGGAUACUUUGACAAGUGGGCCGUGGACGAAAGCAACCAGUGGGUGCUGGCUUGCCGAAUCCCCUAUGCAGACCAGGAGCCAUCCGAAUCUGCCGAGAUGCUUGUAGGCUUCGUUCCCAUGGACGGCACGCAGCACUUCACUGAGCUUGGGAAGACCACUGCCUGGAACCUACAGCAGGGAGCCAUGGCUGAAUGGCUGGGCCCUCAGACGGUGAUCUUCAACAUCCGCAACAGCAAUUUGGGCGACGGCCAAAGCCUCUUCCAGGCCCAGGUCGUCGACGCCAAAAGCGGGGAGACGUGGCUCUACCCGCGACCCGUCUACGCGCUGAACCGGCCCAGAAACCGCUUUCUGUCCUUGAGCUUCCAGCGCUUGCACUGGCUCUACCGCGGCUACGGCUACACGGUGCCGGAUGAGGUAGCGAUCGAGAAGCUGCCCUUGGAGGAUGGCCUCUGGGAAGUUGACCUCCACUCGAAGAAAGAGGAGCUCCUCGUCAGCGUCCGUGGGCUCUACGAUUUCCUCCAGCUGACCGGUCGGACUGAUCCCAUUACCGGGGAGGCCUUCGCAGAGCAUCCGGACAAUGCGAUUUCCGGGUAUUGGUAUCUGAAUCAUGCCCAUGUCUCCAGCGAGGGCACCAAGGUUGCCUUCCUCUUCCGCUCGGCGAUGACCCUUUUUUCUGACAGCUUCGACUUCACCUCCCUGAUCCUCAUGGAUCUGAGCAGCCGGGAGCUAUGGAGAGUUCCCAAAGUUCACGGCUCUCACCACUUCUUCGGGAGCUUUCUGGUCUCCUGCGAUGCCUUGGGCACCUUCGAGGUGGACUUCAAGGCUCCGGUGAGGGGUCUGCCCUGGCAGCGUGGCACGGACGGCCACUGCAAUUUGUCUCCCGACAACAACUGGAUCCUCACGGACACCUACCCGGACGCCUACCAGCUCAAGAAGGUUUUGGUGGAGGAGCGGCGCGGAGACUCUGUUUAUCUGCUGGGCUUUUACCGGGAAGGUGGCCAGGGGCCAAGCUCCACCCGUUGCGAUCUGCAUCCACACUGGGACCGCUUCGGAUGUAACGUCCUCUUCGACUCCACUCACUCCGCGGAUUCCAAGAGAGCCGUCUAUCGCUUGGACUUAGAGGCCUUCGCCUUUCCCG